CAAAUUCACCGCUUUAGAAGCACAUGUUAGAAACGCCGUAGGGUUCUCUACAAUCUGAUUAUCAAGCUAGCUAGAUACUUUGAAAAUCAACUAAACAAACGCAUUUAAAAAAUACCUAAAGAUUUCACAAUGCCGAAAGUCAAAACCGAAAAGAAAAGCAGACAACACCAGGAAGUUAAAAGUCAAGGUAUAAUGUUCAACACUGGAAUUGGGCAGCACAUUUUGAAAAACCCACUGGUUGUCAAUGGCAUUAUUGAGAAGGCAGCUCUUAGGCCAACAGACGUGGUGCUGGAGGUCGGGCCAGGAACUGGUAACAUGACAGUCAAACUUCUGGAGAAGGCCAAGAAGGUUGUUGCUUGCGAGCUGGACACCAGGCUGGUAGCUGAACUCCAGAAGAGAGUACAGUGCACGCCGAUGCAGACGAAGCUGCAGAUCCUGGUGGGGGACGUGCUGAAGGCGGAGCUUCCCUUCUUUGACGUCUGCGUGGCCAACCUGCCGUAUCAGAUCUCCUCGCCCUUUGUGUUCAAGCUGCUUCUACACAGGCCCUUCUUCAGAUGUGCGGUGCUGAUGUUCCAGCGCGAGUUUGCCAUGCGGCUGGUGGCGAAGCCGGGAGACAAGCUGUACUGCCGGCUGUCCAUAAACACCCAGCUGCUGGCCCGCGUGGACCACCUGAUGAAGGUGGGAAAGAACAACUUUCGCCCCCCACCUAAAGUGGAAUCCAGCGUGGUCAGAAUAGAACCCAAGAAUCCUCCUCCACCAGUCAAUUUCCAGGAGUGGGAUGGCCUUGUGAGAAUAGCAUUUAUAAGAAAGAAUAAGACUCUCAAUGCAGGAUUCAAAUCCACAGCAGUUGAGCAGCUCUUGGAAAAGAAUUACAGGAUUCACUGUUCUGUGCACAGCAUUGAAAUACCACAGGACUUCAGCAUUGCACAAAAAAUAGAGGGCGUUCUUCGGGAAACUGAGUUUGGUGAGAAGCGAGCUCGGUCCAUGGACAUCGAUGACUUCAUGGUGCUUCUCCAUGCUUUUAACUCCGCUGGGAUCCACUUCUCCUAAAUGGGAAACUCUGUGGGAGCGGCAGGAAUGACGGAAGCUGCGUCAGUGACGAAGUGAUUCUGACGGCCAAUCAAUCUGCGGCCUUGAGUGAACAUUAUCGAUUGCGUCGUGUCAGUCACGUUUCCUUGGAGAUUUCCCGAGGACCUACGUGUUUUCCCCUAAUGGACAGCUGAGCUGUCUUUUUGCGUUUGCUUGCAGGUCGUGGACCUUAUUGGCUUUUUCCUCAGUGCGGGGUUGAGUAAACGAGCUGGUUCUCAAGGUUCUGGCUCUCGCAUAACGACCCGGCAGUCACGUAACCAUGCCGUUGCCCAGUCACGCUCAUCAGUGUGUGCUGUGGACUCCUGCCAUUUUACUGUAGGCAGAUCUAGAUGUCUGAAGGAUUGGGAACCACAUGGAAAGGAGGAAACCUACAACCCUAAUACUGUUAGAGGCUCAUCUCACCGAGCAACUCACUGGCUUGGCUCACCCCUGUAAUGACAGCUGUUGUGUGAUUUCAUCUGAUAAUUGCGUCCCAGUUCAGUGAUUGGGAUCCCUGCCUCCCUUCAGGGCUAAAGGAAGGGGGGGGGGGCUUCACCUGAGGCCACAGCAGGCAGUGCUGAAGAACACAGCUUUGAAGGUCCCUGGCAACAGAUAUUUUCCAUUUUUAAUGUUUUUUUUUUUUUGAGGUCAGUAUUUUGAGUAACCCAACAAAACUUUUUGAUUCAAUGGUCACAGUACUCUUUCCAUAAAUAACUGGUAAUGCCUUUUGCUUGUAUGUAAAUCUAAUUGAGAAAGCAUGUGUGUAGAGGUACUCAUAAUAUAUAUAUAUAUAUCAAAGCUG